AUGGAUAAAUCCAAAACUAUUCGUGUGUCAGACUUAAACCCACUCACUAUAUCAUCUACGUUGAUGGAAUACUUUGAUAGAUUCGAGACUGUAAGAACAGCUAUCUUGGAAGAAGACGAUAAUGGUAGCAUGGCAGGCACAGCCAUCAUUGUAUUUCAGAGACCUCCUUCCAAUCCCAAUGAGCUCACAGAAGGCAACCACAAAAUUGAUGGCAGAAAAGUAAACAUCAAGUUUAUCCGAAAUGAGGUAUCAGACACACAUCAGCUGAAAUGGGAUAGAGACAUGAUGUUUCCCCGCUUUUUCUCUAUGGGCUUCAUGCGCACACCAAAGAACUUUAUCGACGGAUGGUCCAGCACAGAAAGAGACCUCAAGUUUGAAUUUAAUUAUACGCUGCGAAGAAUUAACAUCUUUUUCUCCCAUUUGGGCCAAGAAUACAAAGUGGAAUUCAAGUUCAAGGAUGUUGCUGGAGAGAUCUAUGCCGAGAGAGAGAAAAAUACCACCAUCUUGACCAUCCCACUGAGAUACCCGGGCAUCUUUUGGAAGAGAAAUCACCAAGUGGUUACCAACACUAAGCAUUCAUCGUCAAGAGACAAGAAAUGGGAGCGAGUAACACUGAUCCCUAGGACAGCGGAUUCUGACAUCUCUGCACCACAAAAGACGCCCUUUUUGCCUGUAGCCCAUCCCGAUGCUCUGGAUCUCGGUAACUGGCUGACAUUUCGCCUAAUGUUCAGCCCACAGCCUCGAUUUGCUGCUGAAUUCGAUCAAAAGUUGCAGAAUGCCGCCAACUACAAUCUGGUACCUCGUGAAUUGGGUUGGAAGGCGCCAUUCGUCAAGGUGGAUAAAUUGCAAGAUAUACCAAAGCCUUUUGGCCACAAGGAGCGCUGCGAGCUGGGCUUGGACUUUGACGUGCUGUACAUGCUGGAAUCAGUCAUCUCUUACCACUAUAUCAAUGAAUACAACCUGGACGACGAGUUCUAUUCAAAGCUCAUCAAUCUAGACCCUGUUGUUAUUUGUGCUGUUCUUCAGAUGUUGAGCGAGUCAAAGCAGCGUGUGUGGAAUCCGUUGGCUGAAAUUAUAAAAAUCUGGAGCAAAUGGGACAUGAAAGUGAUCAAGAAGCGAAGUGUGCCCAACCAUUGUGCUUUACUGCGCAAGAUCAUUGUGACACCCACCCACAUCUACAUUCAAACACCAUCUGUAGAGACCACCAACAGAGUCAUUCGACACUACAAGGAUCAAUCCGAAGGCUUCAUUCGCGUGCAAUUCAUGGACGAGGGACACAAUCGUGUGGGUGGUGCUGGUAACGAGAAUAUGGCCAAAGACUCUAUCUACCUCCGCAUUUUCACCAUCCUGAAGCGUGGCGUGCAGAUUGGCAAGAAGCGUUAUGAAUUCCUCGCUUUCUCUAGCUCUCAAUUGCGUGAACAAGGCUGCUGGUUCUUUGCUCCUACUACGGAUAUCAAUGCACAUACCAUUCGUACCUGGAUGGGUGUCUUUUCGCAUGAAAAAGUGGUGGCCAAGCAUGCCAUUCGCAUGGGCCAAUGCUUCUCCUCGACGCGUCCUGUCUACACCUUGGAGGAAGAUGAAGUAGAAUACAUUGAGGAUGUCAAGCGCAAUGGCUAUACCUUCUCGGACGGCGUGGGUAAGAUUUCUCCUGAAUUGGCCAAAGAAGUAGCGUUCCGUCUGGAGCUCAAGUCACCACCAAGUGCGUUCCAGUUCCGUUUGGGUGGGGCCAAAGGCGUCCUUACCAUUGAUGAGCACUUGGCGAAUACAAAGGUCAAGGUUCAGUUACGACCCAGUCAGAUCAAAUUUGAAUCCAAGCACCUUACGUUGGAGGUCAUCCGUACAUCGACUUACAUUCAUGGCUACCUCAACCGUCAAGUCAUCACACUGCUGUCGUCUUUGGGUAUCAAGGAUCAGGUCUUUAUGGACUUUAUGCAUGAAAUGCUGCAAGAUGUGGAUCGCUUGUUCUCCAGACCUGAAGAAGCUGUGCGUGUGUUGCUAGGCAACGUCGAUGAAGCUGGUACAGCGUUGUUUAUGGUGCCUCUGAUCAGAGCUGGUUUUCUCGAGCGUGGUGACCCUUACAUUAAGAACCUGCUCAACUUGUUCCGUAUCAAUAUUCUGAAAGAUCUCAAGAAGAAGGCCAAGAUUAUCGUUCCUCAGGGUGCCUACUUACUGGGCGUCAUGGACGAAACUGGAACGCUGGAAGAAGGAGAAGUCUUUGUGCAAUUUCAUGACACGUGUGGCAUGAGCGCCAAGCAGCAGCUAAUCACUGGCGAUGUUGUCGCCUUUAGAAACCCUUGUUUCCACCCUGGUGAUGUACGUGUUGUCAAGGCUGUGGACAGAGAGGAACUCCAUCACCUUGUUGAUGUAAUUGUAUUUUCGUCCAAGGGUAUGCGUGAUAUUCCAAGCAUGUGCUCUGGUGGCGAUCUUGACGGCGAUGACUACACUGUGUACUGGGAUCCAAGACUGAUUCCAUCUGGAAACUACGUUGCUAUGGACUACACACCAGCGCCUCCCAAGCUCGUGGAUGAAGUGAAGAUCAAGGAUAUUCUCAAGUUCUUUGUCAACUACAUUAGCAAUGACAACUUGGGCCAGAUUGCCAAUGCACAUCUGGCUACGGCUGACCAAAGCCCCACUGGUGCCAGAGAUGGCAGAUGCAUUCGAUUAGCACAACUUCACUCUGAAGCUGUCGAUUUCCCCAAGUCCGGUAAACCUGCCAAGCUGACCUCUGAUCUCAGAGUACAAAUCUUUCCAGAUUUUAUGCAGAAGAAGGAUCGCGAGUCGUAUCAAUCAAAGAAGGUUCUCGGCCAAAUCUUCCGCUCGAUCGACAAAUCCAAUUACAAAAACUACAAGUCGACUCUCACAUCCGAGUCAGAGUUUGAUGUGCGUCUGCGUGUGCCUAAUAUGGAGCUUUACAUCCAAGAAGCCAGAGAGCUACGCGCUACCUACAACAACAACCUGAGUGCACACAUGAACCAAUUUGGCGUUCAGACUGAAGCGGAAGUCUGCUCAGGCUAUGUUAUCAAGUGGCUCAAGAAGGGCAAGUCAAAGAACAACUACCAGCAGCACGAAUACACCAUGAAGGCCAUCAAGUCUUUCAAGAGCCUGUGGAAGAAGGAAUUUUUCAAGGAGUUUAGAGAUGGCUCUGGUAUGAUUGAUCCAGCAAAAAACCCGCUUAUGGAAGCUAAGGCUGCAGCGUGGUACUAUGUCACUUAUCAUCCCAACGAAAGAGAACGAGACAUGUCAGUGGAAGGAGGCUUUUUCUCAUUCCCCUGGAUUGUAUCUAAUCUCAUAUGUGAAAUCGCGAAAAGAAGUAAUCAAAAGAAGGACGAGAUCGAUAUCAUGGCCUCUUAUCCAUUCACAGAAGAAGAGAUCCGCCAAGGCCAGGCUAGAUUAAACGUUAUGAGACAAGAAGUGGUCAUUGUCGAGCAGGAUGAAGACGAUGACGACGACGACGACGAGGAGGAGGAGGAGGAGGAAACCGAUGGUGAACAUGAAGCGGAUGAAGGCGAUGACCAUCCCAUUUACGUUAAUGACAGCAGCAAGCUCUACCCUGCCAAAGGAAGCUAUCCAAAAGCCACUGACAGAUCCUUUACCGGCACCAGGUCUCCUAUUUUUGCUAUGCCAUCGCACCGAGCAAUUGUUCAAAGUUCAGCCAAUGCCACUGAUGAAGAAUUGAUAAGAGCUUUGGAUCUUUCUUGA